AUGUGCAUUAGAAAGUGUUUCAUAUCGUUGUUAAUAAUUGUGAAGAUAUUUAGUACCGCUAGUGAUGAAUUCAGUGAACAGCCUCAAAUUCAUGCCAAUGAUGGAAAAUUGAUAUUUCGUGCGGCGCCUUAUCGAAAUAUCACACUUCGCGUUAAAGGUGAAGGAGGCAUUUUUCUUAACUCAGUGAAUAUUCUAAAUAAAGUGAAAAAGAAAAGGACACAACUCGGGCCGAUUCAAAACGAAGAUGUGUUAACUGCCGAACGUCUGCGUGCAUUAUUAGCCACAUUCAAAUCAGAUUUGCAAUCGCUGGGCGUACGUUAUGCCAUCUUGCAAAAUCGGACACGGGGCCGUGGUCUGUCAAUUGAUAUACGCCGUACUUCGGGGCGUUUACAACGGGUUCAAACUCGAAUCACGCAAAUCGAGAACAUUAUUCUGAAAAAUGAGUGCGAAGAUAAGAGUGACAAUGGUACGAAGUGCAAGAAUGGUGGUACCUGUUACGAUGGCUACAACAACUUUCACUGUGAAUGUCCAAAUGGAUGGUCUGGAAAAACGUGCGAAGAAGAUGUGGACGAGUGUUAUUUAUUUGCGGGUACCGAUUUGGGCUGCCAAAAUAACGGAGACUGUAUUAAUACUUUAGGAAGUUUUAGUUGCUCUUGUCGUAACGGAUUUUAUGGCUCGCAUUGCCGGAUACGUAAAGCCGUUUGCGAGGAAUCUGGCAAUGAAGAACUAUGUGGUCAUGGAACAUGCGUUUAUGCGAAUAACGAUGCUGGUUACUCAUGCAUCUGUGAUCAGGGCUGGACUAAGAAUAAAGUAGUGCCUGAGGCUGCCUGUAAUAUAGACAUAAACGAGUGUGAAGAAGCAACAAAUCCCUGCCAUAGUGAAUGCAUCAAUUUACCGGGUAGCUUCAAAUGUGCUCCGUGUCCCAUUGGCUAUACUGGGAAUGGUCUUUUUUGCUCUGAUAUUAAUGAAUGUUCUACUGAUAACGGCGGAUGCAGCAUUCGACCGAAAGUGUCGUGUAUUAAUACAGAGGGAUCAUAUCACUGCGGCGAGUGUCCAGUGGGUUGGAAAGGUGAUGGAAAAAUAUGUGAAAACACUGCUCCAGAAAGUUGUGAUUCCAAAAACAUAUGCUUUACCGGCGCUAAAUGUGAAUAUAUUUCAAAUACAGUCGUCUGCACCUGCCCACCGGGUAUGUACGGUCAUGGAUUUGGUUCUGCUGGCUGCAGUUUACAGUUAUUAACCGAUCCUUGUACGAAUCAUUCAUGUCAGAAUAAUGCAACUUGUGAAGUGGUGGGAAGCGGUACACGAUGCUUUUGUGAACCCGGCUUUAUGGGUCCCACAUGUGAUAAGCCCGAUGCAUGUCAAUCUAGUCCGUGUCAAAACGGUGGCACCUGUGCUCUUCUGCUAAAUAAUAAAUACCGCUGCUCCUGCCCGCGUGGAACCACCGGUCCAAACUGCGAAAUAGUUAGAAGUUUUUGUGGAUCCAUAAUACAACAAAGUACGGGCAUGUUAUCUUACCCUCCGAAUGGUGGGGAAUACCUGUCAAAUGAACGAUGUGCCUGGAUAAUACGCACCAAUAUUUCUCAAAUAUUAAAUGUCACCUUUAGUAGAUUUGAUGUGGAACCAGCUACGGAUUGCAACAAAGAUUGGCUACAAUUACACGAUGGCCGUUCCUUAGCUUCAAGACUGAUUGGGCGCUUUUGUGGAAACUCUUUACCUCUGGGCGGCAAUAUAAAAACUUCGCAACGUGCGCUGUUUUUCUGGUUUCGUUCUGAUAAUGAAACGACUGCCGCCGGUUUCAAUUUAACUUGGAAUUCAAUAGAUUAUAUUUGUGGAGGAGUGAUCAAUGUCAAAGAAGAAAGUGGAAUAAUACGAUCGCCGGGUUAUCCAGGAAAUACGCCGCCUAAUCGAGAGUGCGAAUGGAAAUUGAGUGCGCCAUAUGGCUAUCGAUUCCUUUUACGAUUUUUUGAAAUUAAUUUGGGUAGUACCAGAGAUAAUAACUGCACCAGAGAUAAAGUGCUUAUAUACGAUUCGGACUUAUUAUUAAGAUCAAUAUGUGAACCAGCUCUGAUAGAACCAUUGCACUCUUCUUCCAACGUCAUCCAACUACAAUUUCAUACGGAUGCCCUCGGUACAGAUAGCUCAUUUCAGUUGCACUACGAAGUUGUCCCGACUGCACCCAACUGUGGCGGCAUAUUUACGGAGCCCGCAGGCGUCAUUGCCGGCUACAUUAACGGCCGCAUUUGUUCGUAUUUAAUACAACAACCAAUUGGCACAAAAAUUCAGCUAGAUUUUACAAAUAUCAAUCUCGUCAAAUCCGAAGGUUGUUACAUACAAAAAAUAGAAAUCUUCGAUGGGAAUACAGAUGAAGCCAAUCUUCUCAAAAGCCUUUGCGGCAAUCAGGAAGGUAUUGAGCCACUAACAUCCAGCGGCAACAUGAUGCUAAUACGUUAUGAAUACCUUUUGCCAUCAUUCAGUCUACCAAAGAGCUUCGAAGUGCAAUAUAAAAGGGUUUGCAAUGAGGAAUUUACAUUCGCUGACGGAGGCUUUCUCACAACACCCAACUAUCCAAAGUCGUAUUAUGAGCACAUGGAAUGCUCUUUUAUCAUACGAGGGCCAGUAAACACCGUUGUACACAUUAAUUUUACGGACUUUUCGAUAAGUAAAGAUAAUGCACAUCAGGAGUUAAACGACACUUCCCUAUCCUUGCUGAGCAAUACUACAACUUUCAGUGCUGACGAAACGUUUGUUGAUGUUUACUUGUCGAAUAACAAUAAACGUCGCUAUUAUGAAGGCACAUUCCUCCAUCUGGUAUCGGAGAAGAAUGUUUUGCGCAUAGUUUUUCAUGGCGGCAGCAAUCAACAAAAGGGGAGAGGCAUACGCAUUGAAUAUUAUUUUGAAAAAAUUAAUUGCGGCGGCAUUUUAACAGAAGACAGUGGCCGAAUCCAACAUUUGUCAAUGGCCCAUCCGGCGGCACAGGACUGCGAAUGGGUGAUCGAAGUGCCACAAGGAAAACACAUUCAACUGAAUGUACAUUUUCAACAUUGGAAUAUAUUCAAAUGCGAUGCAGGCGAUACAGAUGUUGAAAUUUAUGCCAACGAUACCUCCACCGAAGGUCAACUUUUGAUGAGUUUUUGCCAGCAAUCAAAAACUUUCAAUGAAUCAUUCCUUGCGAAGACUAUUACUGUAAUCCUACAUAUGAGUCGCAAGAUACGUUCUCUUGUCAAUCUUGUGGUCGAUUUUAAAUCAAUUGAUAACAGUGCAGCUUGUGGCGGGAAUUUCACAGCGAGAUACGGAGUUCUCAAAACACCAUCCUGGCCGAAUAAUUACGAUGAUUCAAUGGAUUGUACAUGGGUCAUUAGUGCUCCAUUAGGUCACAAAAUAGAACUUGUCGUACAAAAUUUCAGCGUAGAAACAACAUCAGAAAUUUGUAAUGAUGAUUAUUUAGAGAUCAGAAAUGGUAAAAGCUCAACAUCCCCUUUGAUUGGCAAAUUCUGCGGAAGUACAAUUCCCGCACGUUUACCAUCCUUUACAAAUUACCUUUAUCUUCAUUUCGUUUCCGACUCAUAUAUAUCCGAUAAGGGCUUCUUUAUUACAUGGCAGCAAACCGAAACCGGUUGUGGUGGCAAACUAAAUUCGUACACGGGCUCCAUACAUUCUCCUCAUAAUUCGGAUGUAAAUGCUGGAACCGUGUCUUGUGACUGGCUAAUAACUGUAGCUAGAGGAUCAACAAUAACAGCACAUGUCACAGUUGUCGAAGACGACUCGGAUUUAUGCAGCCAAAAUCUUCUAGCUGUAUACGACGGACGAACUGUAAACAGUCCGCAAUUAAAAUUCAACUGUACGAACAUUGGUAGCGCUGUUCAGUUAACAACUACUUCAAAUCAGGCUUUAAUAAUUUACAACUUCGAUAAGAGUGAUGUUGAGAAUGGCUUGCAGUUCUUCAUCGAUUACGAGACUAACUGUAAUGCUAAACUGGAUAACUUACAAGGCGUAAUCGAAUCACCGAACUUUCCUGACAACUAUCCGCCAAACUUAAAUUGUUUUUGGGAUGUACACGGCGGUCAAAACAAUAAAUUUCAAUUGAUAUUUUCGCAUUUAAACGUUGAAAUGCGAGAUGAAAGUUGCGAUUUCGACUUUGUGGAUGUUAUUGAUUUGCGCAACGAAGACAUACUAUCCAAGCAGCAUUUGUGUUCGACUCCUCAUAGAUCCAUCACAACUGAAGGAAAUCGGUUCCAAGUCAAAUUUGUUACCGAUUAUUCUGAGCAUGCGAUAGGUUUUAGGCUGGAGUACAAACGGAUCGGUUGUGGCGAUAAAUUGUCGGCGAAUUAUGGUAGCAUACAGUCACCUAAUGCUCCGUAUAGCAUCGAUAUGAACUGUGACUGGUACAUUGAAGUUCAAGCAGGAAGAAAAAUUAUCCUUAACUUCCAUGAAAUACAUAUUGAAACUGAACGAGGUGACUGCAUUGAAGAUGGUAUUAUUGUUUCAGAUGAAAAGAAUUCCACCACUAACCUUUUAAAGGAGUGUCGUAUAGAUCAAGUUCCCGUUACAAUAACAUCACCGGCAAAUCGCCUGUACAUUCAUUUUUUUACAAGUAAUACAAGGUCGAGAAAGUAUAUUUCAGCCACAUAUAACACUCUAGAUGCCUCAUGUGGUGGAACCUUCCGCGGUAAUAGCGGGCAAAUCAAAUACCCGACCAAUUCGGAUGUCUCUGGUAUAAAUACAGAAUGUGUAUGGCAAAUCGUAGUAGAUAACAGUUAUGGAAUAAAUCUUGUUUUUGACACAUUUAAUAUCAGUUGUAGCGGUACAUUUUUAAGUGUCUGGAAGCCACUUGAUAGUAGAGAUCAACUUAUACAAAAAACUUGUGGAAGCAUAUUACCCGAGAGCAGAUGGAUACAAAGUAAUCGUCUGAAAGUGGUUUACAAAGCGAGUGCAGAUGGUUGGGGAAUAUUUUCCUUCAAAUUCAAGCGGGCAUGUGGAGGCUAUUUGAAUGAUACUUCUGGUUACAUAAAGGCGCGUUGGGAUGAAAAUUGUGAAUGGAAAAUUGAAUCCGAAAACUCAAAGAUUUUUCUCAAUAUCCUCCAUUUAGAAUGUGAUUGUUCGAAGCAAACCAAUUGUACAAACGGCUUGAAAUUAAUAGAUGGAAAUGAUGAAAGCAAAUUAAAUGAAUUUUGCGACAAUCAUCAGUCCAAUAUCGUACUAUCAACAAGUGCUUUGUAUAUUUAUGCCACAAAAAUUGAAUUUAGCGCGAAAUAUAGUAUAGUACAAAGUUCAUGUGGCGGCACCCUUACAUCGAUUCGAGGCAUAUUGACUUCACCGUACUAUCCUCAGUCCUAUCCAUCAAAUGUUGAAUGCGUUUGGGAAAUUAAAGCGUCCUCAGGGAACUACCUUGAGCUGGAUAUUAAUGAAAUGGAUAUUGUAGAAUCCGAAAACUGUAACCAAGACUUCUUGGAAAUACGACAGAAAAACGAGCUUGGCAAUAUUGUCAAAUUAUAUUGCUCUAAUGAAACCGUGGCGGAGAAACUCAUAAUAUUUGAGAGAGCAUGGAUCAAAUUUCGCAGUUCAGAAGGAAACACGGCGAGGGGCUUUAAGUUACAGUGGAAUUAUGCUCACAACAAUGAACUAAACAGCAGCGUGGGUUCAAUAGAGGCGCCUCCGCUAAGUUCCAUUCGUAAUCAGGAACCAUACACUUGGAGAAUUUUAAUGCCUAGAGGAAGAUUUAUUUCUAUUGACUUCAAAGAGUAUAAUCGGGGUUUGAGGCUAUAUGAUGGUUUCGAUGACUCGGCCUUAGAGAUACCGAUACCAAUUUCUCCCUGGCAAUACACAUCUAGCAGCAAUGUUUUAUAUUUAGUAAGUAAUAAUGAGGCGUUGGAAGCAUUUAAAAUCGAUUGGAAAAAUGUGAACAACACUGUCACACAAUCCAACCUAACUACAAACGAAUGCAACCAGACAUAUAUUCUAAGUUAUAUGAAUCGCUUGAAUAUAUCUUCACCUGGCUAUCCCAAAGAUUAUGCUAACGAUUUGAACUGCGAAUGGGUAAUAAAACCAGAAGAUCCUACGGAGCAUGUUGUUUUAAGCAUAUAUGACAUUAAACUAGAGCAGUACGCGCAAUCAGAUUACUUACGGGUCUUUUCAUCCUCAAAUUUAAGAAGCUGGCAUCAAGAACUAAACAUUUUUGAUAGCAGAAACAAAUCAAGUCUCAAGCCAAUUGAAGUUGUACAUGGAACUCCAUAUUUAAAAGUGGUAUUUCAUUCAGAUUAUAGCUUUAGUAAUACUGGUUUCACAUCUAUAGCAAGGACUGCUUGCGGAUCCAACAUGACCGCUUUAACAGGGCAAAUACUGAACAGAAGAGAGUUACGCUCCUGGAGUUCAAAUGCGCUUUGCACAUGGCACAUUGAAGCACAAGUUGGAAAGCGGAUCGUCUUGAACUUUAAUUUUGGGAACCGUGUAGUAUCGAAAACGCAGGCUUGCCGGCAGUACGCAGUUGUGUACGACGGUUUCGAUGAUAAUGCACCUAUAUUACCACCAGGUCGCAUAUGCAAUCAAGAUGGUCGAAACGUUAAAAAUUUGGGGUCUUCCACUAACCGAUUAACAAUAAAAUAUAACCUAAAUUGGACUAAUAUAUUUGAGAUGGAUCUUGAUUUCAAUCUAACUUAUCAACAAGUCGGAGGUUGUGAAAUGGAAAUACAACUAUCUCAUUACCUGCCUUCAGUCAAUAUAAGCUCACCUAACUAUCCCAAUGUACCGAACCCACAUACCGAAUGCAAUUGGCUUAUAGUCGGUCCCAUUGGCGAAACAUUGCAAGCAGAAUUCAUAAGCCGAUUUAGCCUUAAUACUCGGUAUUGUGACAAGGAAUUUGUUGAGUUUUUCGAUGGCUCCACUGAGUUAUCACGCAGUUUUGGGCGCUUUUGUACAAAACCACAACCGAUACGCUCCACAGGAAACAUUCUCCGUUUGCAUUACUUAACGGAUAUAAAUGAACCACGAAACGGCUUUCUACUCAAUGUUUCUAUAGCGAAUUGUGGAGGCAUUUAUACAAAUAUUCAAGGAGAAAUCUCGUCGAAAGAUUACCCUGCACCUGGUGCUUAUCCAAAACCCGACAUUUGUGAAUAUACAAUAAAAAUGCCACAUCCAUCAAGGAUACGUUUAAAUUUCAAUGAUCUUGAUUUACCAUUCAAUGCCAACAAUUUGAACCGUUCCGAUCGCAUAGAAAUUGUCACGUUGAGCGAGAAUCCCGAAACGAUCGCUGUUCUAUAUGGAAACGCUACGCUCAUGCCAAUCUUAGAAACCGAUUACAAUGUCAUAACGUUGCGGUUUAUAACAUUCCCUGGCAGUCAUUUACAUAGGGGAUUUAGAUUAAAAUUUCAACGGCUAUAUGGUGGUUGCUACCGCGACGUUGACAACGAGUCAGGUGUUUUAACAUACAAAACUCUGGAGCGAUCGCGUUUAUAUACAUCUUGCAGAUGGAAGAUUAGAGUUCCGAAGGGGCAACGAGUAUCCUUUCAAUUUGAGGAAUUCGAAAUGCAAAGUGUGGCCAAUAAUACAGAAAGAACGCCAGCUUAUCCUUUCGUAAGAACAAAAAUCUCAUUUUUCAAUGAUCUGGAAUUACUUUCAAAGAUUACCGAAAUUGAUGCAAACAACGUGAAUAUGUCCGAGAAAAUAGUCUCGUCCGAUAACUUGAUGUAUGUCCGUAUCGACAAUAACGGAUACCUGGCGCAAAUACGCAAAAUUCAAGCACGCUACAGCUCGAAUGAAGAAUCACCUUGCCCAAAAGACAUUAAAGAGCAGUUUGCUGGAAUUGUGGAUACUAACAACCUAGAACCGAACACAAAUUUCUUUUGUAACACAAAAUUUUCCCUAAACGGAUUUGAGACCAUAACAUUUAUUAUUAGGGAGCUUCAGAUUACCAGAAAUAACAAUAAUGGGAAUUAUGCCAUUCGUUUCAAUGACGAAAGAAUGCUGAUACCAUACAAAACGGUAAUCGCGAAUGUCAGUGAUACGAUGGUUUCGUUGUCAUCCAGAGGUGGCAUGCUUUCCAUUUUACAGAAUGAUGCAGUUAAGAUUAAACGAUUUUCAGCAAGCUUUUACCGCCAUUCCUGUGGCGGAAGUUUUGAUAUAUCUGAUGAUUUCAAUAUAGUGUUUCCUCCAGACGACUUUGAAUACAAUGGAGAUGGCAAGCCUGUUGAGUGUUCAUGGCUGAUCACAGGUGCUUCCGAAAGUCGUCCAUAUAAACUUAUUGGAAAUGUCAGCCUUAGUAACGAUUGUAAUAAGGAAUACAUCAGCGUUCAUUCCCUUAUGUCUUCGGAUCAACCACUAAUAGCGAAAAUAUGCCACAAUUCAACAGAAAUCACUGCUGGUAUUGACUUAAAGAAGCAUAUAAUAAAUAUAUUGUAUCAUUCAAGCGAUUAUAAGGCAAGCUCAUCAUCAAUUCAGUUAAAGACUGAAGCAUCAAUUGCCUGCGGCAUGAGAACGAUGGUUAGAAGUAAUUCGCCAACAAUUUCAGUAAAUUCGAAAAGUUAUCGAAACAAUGUCGAAUGCAGUUGGGAAUUUGAAGCAGGGUUUGGACUCUACAUGUUUUUGGAAUUCACUGGUAGAUUUUUUAUAGAAAAAUCUGAAAACUGUACAAAAGAUUAUCUUGAAGUAUUCACAUAUGACGAUGAAAUUUGGCAGCCGAAAGAAAGAUUUUGUGGGCGAGAGGUUCCUAGCAAAUUUAAUGCAACAUCGAAUCGCAUGCUUAUUGUAUUCCGCACUGAUAAUUCGACUACUGGAGAUGGAUUCAGUUUUAGCGUUUCAGCAUCGUGUUUAGCUACUUUCAAUGUUACCGACCAGGUGCAAAUAGUGCAUACGCCCGAUUUACGAAGCUUGCCCUACUCACGAUUUCAGUGCAGUUAUACAUUUUUAUCGAACUCCACAAAUGCAAUCAACUUACAAAUCAGAGAACAUUUCCCCUCUUAUGCUCGCCGACCACACUCUCCGCCGUGGUCAUGUUCAUUGGGAUCUUUCACGGCUUAUAAAAAAGAUACAGAUGGAAAUGAAAUUAAAGCCGGCGAAUAUUGUGAACCAACUGUGAUAACUGAAAAUCAUUAUUUGCGUUUAACCUCCAAUAUAUUCUACGAUUUCUUUUCGAUAUCUUAUCAAUUAAAUACAUGUGGCGGAAAUAUUUCUUCGUUUACAAUAAUUCGCCCACUGGCAGCACCAAAGGAAGAAGGGGACUUAUACGCACACAAUAUGAAUUGCGUCUGGAAUGUAAGGGCACCGACCGAUUACUCCAUAUUAGUACGUUUUAAAUAUUUUGAAAUGGAAGCGCACGACAAAUGCCAAUUGGAUUUUGUCGCCAUCAAUGCAGGCCCGGCUCCAAGAGCUGACAAUGAAAUAAUUAAGUUAUGUGGGAAUUUAAGUGGCGACCCGCCUCUGGUCUUAGUCGAUGCGAAUCGGGCUGUCAUCACAGCAGUGUCUGAUAGUAGCCUAGCAGAAAAAGGUUUUAUGGCUGAGGUGAUAUUUGUGCGUAACUGUAACGAGCGCAUUGCAUUGACCAACGACGACACCAUUUCACAACCUCUUAUAAUGAUCCGAAAUUAUACAAUUGAGUCAUAUGAGGAAUUACACUGUCAAAUUCGUGUGACCGCACCAGAAAGUUAUCGCGUCAAAAUUCAAAUGCGGAAUCUAUAUAUCAAUCCAGUUGAAUGUGUGGACAAGAGAUGUGAACAGUGCAAUUACUUAGAGAUCAUUGAAGCCGCGCAAACAAUGGGUACCUCCAUUUCAAUGGGGAAAUUUUGCACGAAAGAUGGCACCAAAAGAACGCUGGUGACCUCCGAUGAGCAUGCAUUACUACAAUUUAGUUUUAUUAAGGCGGGAAAUUAUACACUCGAACUUGUUUUGGAAAUGGAAAAGCCUGUAUGUGCCGGACCCAGCGAACUAGACUUGGGGCCUGAAAAGGAGCUAACUAUACAAUUUCCGCCUAAUAAUGGGUCCACAUAUCCUGCUAAUGCACACUGCCUUUGGCGCAUAAAAUCGGCAACAGAUUUUCAAAUUCAUUUUGAAUACCUGGUCUUACAGACGCCUUCUGCUGAGACGGGCAAAUGCGUUGACUAUCUUCGUGUAGCCCAAUAUACGACUUACUUAGAGGAAGAGGAAAAUUAUUGCGGAAAUGCCACGGGCUUUACCAAAUAUAUAACUGCUACUACUAGAAAUGAAAGUGAUUUUACCGAACUCACUUUUCAUAGCGAUGACUCCGUAGAGGAUAAAGGCUUUAAAAUAUCAAUUUCCAGUCAACAAUCUUGCAAUCGCACGUAUACAAAACUCAGCGGAAAUAUCGAUUUCAAUGGAAGUGGGGAACGAAAUCAAACUUGCGUCCAAAAUAUUGUGUUACCAGACAGUUUCAGCAUUAACUUAUAUGUGCUCAUAUUUAAUACACAUUCUGCAGAAAGCAAUUGCUCUAAGCCAAAUUUCCAGGUAACUGACACCUCAGUUAAUAAAACUUUACGGACUCGAUGUAUCUCCUACUAUUACGAUGAGCACCUUCAAACAAACUCAAGUGCAAUUAGAAUAAAUACCAGGAACUUUGAUCAAUUAAAUAUAUUUUACUUUGCCAGCAAAAAAUCCUCGGGCGUAGGUUGCGGCGGUGAGAUACAUACAAUGAGCGGUGAUAUUUCGAGUCCUUCUUAUGCGCACCGAAACUUUUCUGAGUGCCGUUGGGAUAUAAGUGUUCCUGAACCAAAUCGCUUGGAACUAUAUUUUAGAACGUUUGACAUGGGUUCAAAGGUAAACUGUGACUUGGAUUAUGUAAAUAUCAUUGAAAUUUCAACCGAUGGAGAAGAGAAGGUAGCGAAAAGUAUAUGCGCAAACCAGUACAUGAAUCGCUUCCUUCCGAAAACAAGCAGAAUAGCGGUUGUUUCGAAAAAAUCACCAAACUUUGAUGGAAAUGGAUGGAUGCUGAACUUCCGAAAGAUAGUUAACUAAAAUAUUAUCGUAAUUUCAAUAAAAUAAGUAUACAAUUACCGCAGACACAGAACAAUAUAUUAUGGAAUAAACAAAAAAGU